AUGACAAAUUCAAUUCAGCUGAAUAUUUCCAAUGGAACAAUACUGUUUGAUCACAAAUUACAACUUGUUGAACAGAUUGUUCUAGGAAGUAUGUUCGUAUCGGCGUUAAUCGGCAAUUUUAUCGUCUUAUUUAUCAUGUUAAAUAAAAAACAUCGACAUAUCACACGGAUGGCAUUCUUUAUUCUACAUUUAACUAUUGCUGAUCUUUUGGUAGCAUUUUUCAGCGUUCUACCAAUGUUCAUCUGGAAAUCAACGACGACAUUCCUUGGGGGCGAUUUCCUGUGUCGAAUUGUUUCGUUUCUUAUGUUAACAGUUUCCUACAUCUCAGUUUAUACACUUAUUGCUAUGGCUUAUGAUCGUUAUCAAGCAAUCGUUCAUCCCUUGUCCAGUUAUACAUGGUCGAAUCGAUCCGGAACGAUACACAUGAUUGGCGUUUGGUGCUUAAGUCUGCUUAUUGCAUCGCCUCAAAUAUUCAUAUUUCGAAUUGCUUAUCAUGAAGCGUAUCAAACAGAAACAUGUGUGGCUGGGUUUUCCACUUCCGAUCGUACGUGGGAAUUGAUUUACAUCGCGUGGACAAUUCUUAUGCAGUUUAUUCUGCCCAUUGGCAUCUUAAUAUUUUGUUACAGUUCUAUUUAUAUCAUAGUGAACAGAAAUCUUCUGAUGUAUUGUCCAAAUGAAGCAGUAAAACAUUCGUCGAAUUUUUUGACUUUGCCUACAAAACAAAUCAUCGGUGGCCGUAUUCAUAUUCAAUAUCCUCUUCAGUGUCCAGAUAUGACACUGUUAAAAACAGUAUCGAAUCCAGAUGUACGUAAAGGAGUGUAUCCAGCAGUGCAUUAUUUCCGACGUGCAUCGGUUACUGUGGUGACAAUGUCGAGCACAAAUAGUAUUGAUAGACAAACGUUUCAACAGCGUCAUGGUGCUAAUGAUUUUCUUUUACGGGCACGAUUGAAAACAAUUAAAUUAACGUUUAUUGUUGUUGUUACAUAUAUACUCUGUUCAACGCCAUUCUAUAUCGGAUCGAUUAUAAUGACUUUACAUGAGAAAUUUAUAACUCAGAAAACAAUGAAUUGGUUAAUGACAAUAUUUAGCCUUUUAUUCAAUUUGAAUAGUUGUUCAAAUCCAAUUAUAUGUCUCACACUGAGUAGAUCUCUUCUUCGAUGUGAAAAGAAAUGUUCUCAACGAGCGGCAUCACCCUCGAGAUAUCGCAUAAAUACUUACAAUAAAAAAGGAAAUUCGAACAUUUUCAUCCCACUGUAA